ACAGGCGUUUUUCAGGACACGGACAAAAUAGUCAUAGAAGACAGGUUAGGGCAUCCAGGGUGGAAGGGGUUGAGGCAUAAAUGAGUAUGUUGGGGUCAGGGAAGUAGGAUGUGCAGGUGAGAGCACAGAUGGCAGCAUGUGCUGUGAGGUGAGAGAGAAGAGGGCAUCCUGGGUGCUGGGUUUUCGUGCCCAGGGUGCUGUGGUGACUACUGCUCAUCUUCUCAGACAUACCCAUCAUCUCCAUGUUUUACACAUUUCCUUUAAAAGUAUUCAGCACCAACCUGGAGCAGAAAACAGCCAUGUCACGUCGUGGAGCCCAAGUGUAGGAUGUAAAUCCACCAAUAGGAAAUGUCUUCAGUCUCCUUGAGGUUGGAAACCUGUUCUCUCUCUCUCUCUCUCUCUCUCGCUCUCUCGCUCUCUCGCUCUCUCGCUCUCUCGCUCUCUCGCUCUUUAGGUUUCCCAAGGAACAAAAGCCCAGCACUGAAUGCGGGGGAAUCACUCUAGUGCCAGCGAAUUCUAUCUCGUUGGCUUCCCCGGCUCCAGAGACCUGCACCAGGUGCUCUUUGCCACCUUCCUCUUGCUCUACUCAGUGACCCUGAUGGGAAACACGGUCAUCAUCGCGCUCGUCUGUGUCGAUAAACGUCUGCAGUCCCCCAUGUAUUUCUUCCUUGGCCAUCUCUCUGCCUUGGAGAUCCUGGUGACAAGCAUCCUCGUGCCUGUGAUGCUGUGGGGGCUGCUGCUCCCUGGGAUGCAGACAGUGUCUCUGCCUGGGUGUGUCGCCCAGCUCUUCCUGUACCUUGCUGUGGGGACCACAGAGUUUGCCCUGUUGGGAGGGAUGGCCGUGGACCGUGACGUGGCUGUCUGCAACCCUUUGAGAUACCACAUCAUUAUGAACAGCCGCACCUGCAACUUUGUGGUAAUCGGGUCCUGGGCGUUUGGGUUUCUUUUUCAAAUCUGGCCAGUUUACGCCACGUUCCAGCUUUCCUACUGCAAAUCUAACGUGGUGAACAAUUUUUUCUGCGACCGAGGGCAACUGCUCAAACUCUCCUGCAGUAAUACUCUUUUCAUGGAGUUCAUCCUCUUCUUAAUGGCUGUUUUUGUUCUUUUUGGUUCUCUGAUCCCCACAAUUGUCUCCUACAGCUACAUUGUCUCCACCGUCCUCAGGAUCCCCUCGCGUCGGGCUGGAGGAAAGCCUGCUCUACCUGUGCCUCCCACUUCACCUGUGUUGUAAUUGGCUAUGGCAGCUGCUUGUUCCUCUACGUGAAACCCAAGCAUUGAUAGGGAA